AUGGUGAGCGGGAAUCUGCUCUACCGGAGGAAGCGCUCGUGGCGUGCCGAUGAGUUCGUUAGCCGGAGCACGCUGCAAUUGCUGGACUUUGAUGAUGGCUCACCACCGGAGCAUGCAUGGAGAAGGAAACUAAGUAGUCAUGCUAAUAGAUUGAAGGAGUUCAAUGUCACAUUCAGAGAAGCAAUUAGAAUGAAAGCACCAAUCGAUCCAUUCACUAGAGAGGGCAACAGACCCUCAGCCUCACAAGGAGUACCUCUUGGUGGGAUGGGGAGUGGUAGCAUUUCAAGAGGCUUUAGAGGGGAAUUCAAGCAUUGGCAGAUAACUCCUGGUUCUUGUGAAAUGUCACCUGUGAUGGCCAACCAAUUUUCGAUCUUUGUCACUCGCGGAGGAAACAAGAAAUACGCUUCAGUUUUGGCCCCUGGUCAACUUGGUGGUUUGAAGAAAUCUACUGAUGAUGGUAUAUCGUCCUGGGACUGGAAAUUAAAGGGCGAUCGUUCAACAUAUCAUGCUUUGUUUCCUCGAGAAUGGACUGUUUAUGAUGGCGAGCCAGAUCCUGAACUGAAGGUAUCCUGCCGUCAAAUAUCUCCAUUUAUUCCCCAUGAUUACCAAGAGAGCAGUCUUCCUACCUCUGUUUUUGUAUAUUCUCUAGUGAAUACUGGAAAGGAAAGGGCAAAAGUUAGCCUAUUGAUGACUUGGGCGAAUUCUAUAGGAGGACUUUCACAUCAUUCUGGGGGUCACGUAAAUGAGCCAUUCAUAGGAAAAAAUGGAGUUUCUGGUGUUCUUCUACAUCACAAGACAGCCAAUAACAAUCCUCCUGUAACAUUUGCAAUUGCGGCAUGUGAAAAUCAAAAUGUAAAUGUCACAGUAUUGCCUGUUUUUGGGCUUUCUGGAGAAAGUUCUGUUACUGCUAGGGAAAUGUGGGGCACAAUGGUCCAGGAUGGUUCCUUUGACCGAGAUAAUUUCAAUGCUGGUCCCAGCAUGCCUUGUUUGCUGGGCGAUACAGUUUGUGCAGCAGUUUCUGCUUCCACCUGGGUUGAACCACAUGGAAGAUGUACAGUUGUAUUUGCAUUGGCUUGGUCUUCUCCUAAGGUUAAGUUUAAAAAGGGGAGUACAUACUACAGGAGAUAUACAAAGUUCUAUGGAACUUCUCCAAGAUCAGCCGUCGAUUUGGUAGAGGACACUUUGAUGAAGUAUAAGCAUUGGGAAGAAGCGAUUGAUAAGUGGCAGACCCCGAUUCUCCGAGAUGAGAGGCUUCCAGAAUGGUACAAGAUUACGCUCUUUAAUGAGCUGUACUUCCUAGUUGCCGGUGGAACCGUUUGGAUUGAUAGUGAAUCUUUGGUGUCUGAUGCUGAUAACAAGUUGAAUCCAAGUCCCCCAGAAGACAGUAAUUUGCCAUUUCAUGAUAGCACAUGCAAUUCUACAGUUCCACUCAUCGGUUUUGAUCCACAUGAGAUCGAUGACAAAGAAAAUGUUGGGAAGUUUUUGUACCUUGAAGGAAUAGAAUACUUCAUGUGGUGCACCUAUGAUGUACACUUCUAUGCCUCCUUUGCUCUUUUGGAUCUGUUUCUUAAGAUUGAAUUGAGCAUUCAACGUGAUUUUGCUAGAGCUGUUUUGCGGGAAGAUAACAGAAGAGUCAGAUUUCUUGCUGAUGGUACCUGGGGUAUUCGUAAAAUUUACAGGGAUUUUGCUGCAACAGGUGAUAAGUCAUUUGGCAAGGAUGUCUGGCCUGCAGUCUGUACUGCUAUGGAAUACAUGGAACAAUUUGAUCAUGAUGGUGAUGGCAUGAUUGAAAAUGAUGGAUUUCCUGAUCAAACUUACGAUGCUUGGACAGUUCAAGGAGUAAGUGCGUAUUGUGGUUGCCUCUGGCUUGCUGCCCUUCAAGCUGCAGCGGCACUGGCCCGAAGCCUUGGACAUGCUGAUUAUGCUGAGAGGUGCAUGACAAGAUUUGCAAAAGCUAAAUCUGUAUUUGAAGCCAGGUUAUGGAAUAGUUCAUACUUCAAUUAUGACAGUGGUACAAGUUAUAAUAGCCGUUCCAUCCAGGCAGAUCAGCUGGCUGGACAAUGGUAUACAUCAUCGUCAGGUUUACCUCCUCUAUUUGAUGAGGAUAGGAUAAAAUGCACGCUUCAGAAAAUAUUUGACUAUAAUGUGAUGAGGGUGAAAGGAGGACGUAUGGGAGCCGUGAAUGGUAUGCAUCCAAAUGGGAAGGUAGAUGAAACCUGUAUGCAGUCAAGAGAAAUCUGGACAGGAGUAACAUAUAGUUUAGCAGCAACGAUGCUUCUCCAUGGAAUGGAGCAUCAGGCCUUCACUGCUGCAGAAGGCAUUUAUAUAGCAGGAUGGUCUGAAGAGGGCUAUGGGUACUGGUUCCAAACUCCAGAAGCAUGGACAAUUGACGGUCACUACAGGUCACUGAUAUAUAUGCGCCCCCUUGCAAUCUGGGCAAUGCAGUGGGCCUUGUCGCCUCCAAGGUCGAUACUGGAGGCGCCGAAGGCUUUGCAGUUAUGUGGUGUACCUCUGACAGUGAGCCGGACUUUGUACAUUGUUUUACAGAAAACCAUCUCGCUAGUUGCGGUUGACUUGACUGACAAUCAAGUGCAGGGAUCGGUUGUUACAUACAUCAAGUCGAAGGAUGAUCUUUCAACUGAUGAUGCUGACCUGGUCAAGACAAAACUGAAAUACUUCGGACACUUCCUUGCAUCGGAAUUCCCCAAGUUUCUGACUCUCGGUUUAUUCAGACUUCCCGAGCGACCGAGCGCUCCUGUCUUCUGUGAGUCCGUGACCUUCUUCCCUGGAAAAAAAACACCAAACCCUAGAUUGAUGGAAGGGGGAGGAGAGGAUGAUGGAGCAGAGGAUGUUGCGGCCGACGGCGCCCAGCACCAACUGCGCGUGCCCUCUGGCGGGGCGACCUCACCCGGCGAAGCCAGGCCGCGGCACGGUCGCGGCGGCGGGGCCGACGCUCCGGCCAGCCCGCGGCGUGGCGGAGGCGGCGCGGCCCCUCUGGCUAGCCAGCAGCAUGGCAGAGGCGGUGCGGCAGCGGCUCCCGGCGCACUGGCCACAGGGCAGCCUCCCCAGGCCAGAUCAGCUCAAUCCUUAGUUGACAAGAGCAUACAGAGCCGUUUCUCGCCUCUAUCCUGUCGUAGCUGGGAUGCAGUGCAGCAUAGGCAACCAUGGCCGCCACUGGAGCAGUUUGGGAUGCAGGGCAAUGGAGUUCAACUUAGGCUAACACCCUGGCCAUCUUUCAUUGGUAAUACAGUUCAAGUGGCAGACCUUAUCAAGUGGCUUUGCUACAAUUCAGAGUGCGCAGUUGCGGGACCUCUCUUUCGUUUGCAUCUCAUUACAGCUAGAAGAGUCAGGAUACUGGUGAUGAACUGGGACUGUAUCUGGUUCAAGGUCCAUUGGCCACUACUUGCAUGUGUUUGUGGGACUCUCACAGAGCCAUCUUUACCACACAAGUAUUUUAAAUGGAAAAUUAUUGAGCGUGUGGUCCAAUGUGGGCAGCAUUGCCAUGAAUUACUCAAACCUGCAGGGCAAGUAGACAAGUUCAACAAGGAGCUUCUGACAUGUAUAUUGGUGCUAUCAGUGAGUAUGGUUGGCUAUGCACUGAUUCCAGAGCUAGUACAGCGGAAGUGUGGUGGCAAGUGUCGGUGUUUCUUGCUUUAA